AUGCAUUUGGCAACCCCUUCAGUUCUGGCAAAACCAGUAACUAGAAAGACAUUACUCCUCUAUCUAGCUGUCUCGAAAGAUGUGAUUAGUGUAGCAAUAGUGCGAGAAGAGGAAAAGCACCAGCAACAUGUUUACUGUGUUAUUCGACAUAACCUAUCACCCUCGAACAUCAUCAAGGGCCAGGCUUUGGCAGAUUUCUUAAUAGAAGGAAUAACUCUAGAAGAAAGUCCGCUUGUUCAACGAGACACUGAUACUUGGAAGUUAUUUGUGGAUGGUGCAUCCAACGAGCAAGGUUCGGGUGCAGGAGUGAUAUUGAUUUUGCCAGAAGGCUUUAAGUUUCAUUAUGCUUUGAGGUUUCAAUUUGACACAUCAAACAACAAGGCUGAAUAUGAAGCCUUGAUCGUUGCCUUGAGGAUAUUCGAAGCGUUGAAGGUCAAGAAUCUCGUAUGUCAUAGUGAUUCGCAGAUGAUUGUAAAUCAGGUUCUCGGAGAAUACCAGGCUAAGGGUCUGAAAGCGGCUAAAUACCUAGAGAAGAACGACUUGGAUGAAUUUAACUUGGUUCCAGUGGAGGUACUAAAUGAGCCAAGUAUAUGUGAAAAAGAAGAUGUCGAGAUGAUAGAUAGCUCACCUACUUGGAUGACUCCUAUAAUCAACUAUCUACUCGACGGACAACUUCCAACUGACAAAAACGAGGCAAUGAAACUCUUAUAUACAGUGCCUUGCUACACAAUAAUCGAAGGCAAACUAUACAGAAGAGGUUAUUCCAUGCCUCUACUUUGGUGUGUUCUUCCUACAGAAGCAAACGAGAUCAUCAGAGAAAUUCAUGAAGGCUUUUGCAGGGAUCACAUAGGUUGGCAGAGUCUAUCAAAAAAGAUCAUUAGACAAGGAUAUUACUGGCUAACAAUCAACAAGGACACCCAUGAGUUUGUCAAGAAAUAUGAUAAGUGUCAGAAAUUUUCAUAUAUACCUCGCAUACCACCAACGGAACUGAGGAUGAUGACCUCGCCUUACCCAUUUGCUAUAUGGGGGAACGAUCUAAUCGGGGCACUUCCCACAGGGCGAGGGGGAGCCAAGUUUGGAAUUCCAAUGAAGAUAAUAUCUAAUAAUAGAAUUCAGUUCGAUGGUGACUUGUUCACUGAGUUCUGCAAGAGGAAUAAAAUAAUUAAAAGCCUCUUGUCAGUGUCUAGGCCUCAAGCGAAUGGACAAGUGGAAGCCGUUAACAAAACCUUGAAAGAUACUAUCAAGAAGGAGUUAGAUGCUGCCAAAGGUAGAUGUAUCGACGAGCUACCUCAAGUACUUUGGGCCCACAGAACUACUGAAAAAACAACAACGGGACAAACACCAUUCUUGCUAGCAUUUGGCUCGGAAGCAAUGUUACCUGUUGAAGUGAACAUAUCCACUCAUAGACGAGAGUUUUAUGAUCAAGAAGAAAACCAAGAACUCUUAAAAUUGUCCUUGGAUCUGCUUGAUGAAAAAUGA